CAACUCAAAUCUGUCCUGUUUAUCCUGCCCUCACCCCACAGGUCAGGUUUCAAAGUUUCCUUCUCCCCUCUGGGUUGCAUGAAACAUCACAAAUAUUGACUUGGGCCGGGGAGUCGAUCAGUUCAGUGGAUUUUAACCUCCGGUUUUUCGGCUCAGCUGUGUUUUCACAGGUCUCCCCGCAGAUAGAUCGGUCCCACUGUCAGUGCGUUUUUUUUCCCCUUUUUUCUAAAUGUGUGUGUGAGGACAUGAGUGUGUGAAUCCACAGGCCUGGAAACAUGAGGCGUCUGCUGCUGCUUCUUCAGGGGCUCCUGAUCCUCCAUCAGAGCUGCGGCUUUGAGUUUGUGAUAGACGGAGAAUGGGAGGACGAGGUGUCACACAUACCUGACCAUUUUGAAAGACACAAGAGAGCAAUUUUGACCAGCGAGGAGGAGGAAGACUUUGAGGCCAUCCGUGGAGAUGACAUCACCGUCAAGAGCUACAAGAUGGAGAGCCGCAUCACGUCGCGCUUCGCCCACACCACCGUCAGGAGUUCGGUGGUCAACUCCGGCACCAAAGCCCAAAGCAUCGCCUUUAACGUUCAGAUCCCCAAACGGGCCUUCAUCUCCAACUUCACCAUGAACGUCAACGGCAUCACGUUUGUGGGUUCGGUGAAAGAGAAGACCGUGGCCAGGAACCUGUACGCCCAGGCCCGAGCCAGGAACAAGGCGGCGGGGAUCGUCAGGUCUAAUUCCCACGAUCUGGAGACCUUUAAAACGGAGGUCCACGUUCCCCCGGGCAGCAACAUCGAGUUUGAGCUCCACUACCAGGAGAUGAUGCAGAGGAAGCUGGGCAUCUACGAGCACUCGCUGCACCUGCAGCCCGGGAGGCUGGUGCCACAGUUCCAGGUGGAUGUGUACAUCUAUGAGCCGAGGGGGAUCCGCAUGGUCCAAACACCCAACACACUAGGAGCCGCGUUUGAAGAGCUGAUUAAGGUCACCACCUCCAAAGACAAGGCUCACAUUGUCUUCAAGCCCACCUUACAGCAGCAGAAAAAGUGCGAAAACUGCACGACCAGCGCUAUCGAUGGCGUCUUCACCGUCCUGUAUGAUGUGACCAGAGACAGCAACGCUGGAGAGCUGCAGGUUUCCGAUGGCCACUUUGUUCACUUCUUCGCGCCCUCCGAACUCUCCCCUCUCCCCAAAAACAUCGUGUUUGUCAUCGAUGUCAGCGGGUCCAUGUGGGGGGUCAAGAUGAAGCAAACAGUGGAGGCCAUGAUGGCUAUUUUGGACGACCUGACCGUGGACGAUCACUUCAGCAUUGUAGACUUCAACCACAACGUGCGCUGCUGGAGCGAGGAGCUGGUCCCCGGCACCUCCAUCCAGAUCGCAGACGCCAAGAAAUACAUCCAGAACAUCAAACCAAAUGGCGGCACCAACAUCAACGAGGCGCUCAUGAGAGCAGUCCAGAUGCUGGUGAGGGCAUCCAACCAAGGGCUCAUCGAUCCUCGCUCCGUCUCCAUGAUCAUCCUGGUGUCCGAUGGAGACCCCACCGUUGGCGAGAUCAAGCUCAGCACCAUCCAGAAGAACGUGAAGCGGGUGAUGAGAGAGGAAUUUUCUCUCUUCUCCCUGGGCAUCGGCUUCGACGUGGACUACGACUUCCUGGAACGUAUCGCCAUGGAGAACCGAGGCGUGGCUCAGAGGAUCUACGCCAACCACGAUGCCGCCGAACAGCUGCGGAAAUUUUACAGCCAGGUUUCUUCUCCUCUAUUGAGAAGGAUCACCAUCCAGUUCCCGGAGGACUCGGUCAGCGACGUCACCCAGAACCGCUUUGAUAAGUACUUUCAGGGCUCAGAGCUGGUGGUGGCCGGGAAAGUGCUGCCGUCAGACAGCAGUACGCUGAACAGCUUCACCACUGCGUCAGCCGCCCGUCUGGACAUCACCUUGAUGACAGAGACGGACGUGACGGAGCUGGACGGUGAGCUGGCCAAACAGCAGCACUCGUUUACUGGCUUUGCCAGACAGAUGUGGGCUUACCUUACCAUCAAACAGCUUAUCAGUGAAAGGUCCAUGGCUCCAACAGCUGCCAAGAAGAGGAAGAUCACACAGAAGAUUAUGAGUCUAGCUGUGGAGCACCAGUUUGUCACCCCGCUCACUGCCCUGCUGGUGGAGAGCGAGGAUGCCCAGGAGAGGCUUCUGGCCGAUUCUCCGAAGGAUCCCAAACAAGGAUGUUGCCCAGGAGGAGGAAUGACGGGAGGAUCUGCGUUUGCUGGUCCUGCCCCCGUGUCGGUCGUCUACCAGCCUCCACCGUGGGUCCACGUCACCACUCCGGCCCCCCCACACUCGAUCGAGAAAGGUCCAGUGGAGUGGACCGUUCCUGAAAAGGUUAAUUUAGUGGAUAACGACCCUCACUUCAUCAUCCACCUGCCCGGGAGUGACAUGGACGUCUGCUUCAAUAUCGACUCCAAACCUGGUCAUAUUCUCAACCUGGUGUCAGAUAACGGAACAGGUGUUGUGGUGAACGGGCAGUUGAUUGGCUCCAAGCAGCAGCAGAAAAGCAAACUCCGCACCUACUUCGGCAUCAUCUCCGUCUACUACCAGCCAGAGGGAGUCAGUGUGACGGUCAGCACUGACCGCAUCACCGUAAGCGACGGUAGAAGCAGGACCUCCUUCACCUGGGGGGCCACGGCCGAAAUCACUCAGGAUGGGGUGAGGCUUUCGAUUAUGAAGAACUCUGCAGCCACCAUCACGAUAAACGAUGAUAUUCAGGUUACGGUGCUGCUUCACCGCGUGUGGAAGAAACAUCCCGUCAGCGUCGACUUCCUGGGGGUUUACAUUCCCAACGAAAACCAUUAUUCCCCACUGGUACAUGGACUCAUAGGCCAGUUUUCCAGAGAGCCCGUGGUGAGCGUGUACGACAUACACGAGGGAGCCGAUCCCCUGAAGAACGAAGCCACCAUGGAGGUGAAAGGCAAUCAGCUGCGGGUCACCAGGGGCUGGCAGAAGGACUACAGGCACGACAAGAAGCGUGGCUCCAACAUCUACUGCUGGUUCAUCCAUAACAGUGGGAAGGGCUUCAUUGACGGCCAUUACACCAGCUACAUUGUGCCAGGCCUGAACAGCUUCCUCCAGAUGCUCUGAGAGGCCUUAACCUCUUUCAAAUACCUGCGCUACUAUCAAGCUCUGGGUCAGUGAUGAUGUG